CUCUCCGCGUUCCGAGAGCCCGUGAGAAAAGCGGAGCGUGCCGGCAGCGCGGGGGAGCGGCGGGGCGAGGCCGGGGCGGAGCGCGGGCGGUACCGGGGCCGGGGCGGAGCGCCCCAGAGCCGCCCGCGGCCCCGCUGAGCCCCUUCCUUCACAACCACCUCCCUCAUAGCAGCCCCUCAAGACAUGGCCUCCAAGAGAGCAUUGGUGAUCCUGGCUAAGGGGGCAGAGGAGAUGGAAACUGUAAUCCCCACUGAUGUUAUGAGAAGGGCUGGGAUCAAGGUGACUGUUGCAGGCCUAACAGGAAAAGAGCCAGUGCAGUGCAGUCGAGAUGUCUUCAUUUGUCCUGAUGCCAGUCUUGAAGAUGCCAGAAAAGAGGGGCCUUAUGAUGUUGUGGUCCUGCCUGGAGGGAACCUUGGGGCUCAAAACUUGUCUGAGUCUGCUGCUGUGAAAGACAUUUUGAAAGACCAGGAAAGCAGAAAAGGCCUGAUUGCUGCAAUAUGUGCAGGUCCUACUGCCCUUCUGGCCCAUGGCAUUGGGUAUGGAAGCAAAGUCACCACACAUCCUCUGGCCAAAGACAAAAUGAUGAAUGGGGCACACUACUCGUACUCGGAGAGCCGCGUGGAGAAGGACGGGAACAUCCUCACCAGCCGCGGGCCUGGCACCAGCUUUGAGUUUGGCUUGGCCAUCGUGGAAACUCUGCUGGGCAAGGAAGUGGCUGAACAGGUGAAGGCACCUCUAAUACUGAAAGAUUGAAAUCCUGGUGUGGGAGAGGCACUAGGAGAAAUUUAGAUGGAGAGUUUUAUCCUUUGUAGAAUAACUGUAAUGUGCACUGUUGUAAAUACACUUUAAUUGUGGGUGAAAUUAGUAACUGUACUUACCUGAACUGGGAUACCUUAACAAACCAAAGGUCUUCAUUUCUGGAAAAACAUCCUGUUAGCAAAGAGCUCUGUCACAAAAAACCAGCCAGCAUCUAAUAAUCCUAGUUAGUUCUUGGAUGACAUUUAAAAAUCACAUGGAAAAAUGUUUGCUGAGUAAAUAAAAAUAGAGCAUCCCUA